AUGGAAUUAUACUCUCCUGAAGGUCUUAGAAUAGAUGGAAGAAGAUGGAAUGAGCUACGCCGAUUCGAAUGUCGUGUCAAUACCCAUCCAAACUCAUCAGAUGGCUCAUCGUAUGUCGAACAAGGAAACACAAAAGUUAUAUGUACAGUCCAAGGUCCUACUGAGCCCAUAAGCAGAGCUCAAAUGAAUCAAGACAAGGCGAAUUUAGAGGUUAAUUUAACCAUUGCCAAUUUUUCGACAUUUGAGAGAAAGAAGCGAUCGAAAUCUGAAAAACGAAUGGUUGAAUUGAGAACCACCCUUGAACGAACGUUUGAACAACUGGUUUUGUUACAUUUAUAUCCAAGAACAAACAUAACGAUAAAUGUCCAAGUAUUGAGUCAAGAUGGGGGCAUGCUUGCGGCAAUCACCAAUGCGAUAACGUUGGCAAUAAUCGACGCUGGUAUUGCCAUGUAUGAUUAUGUGAGUAGUGUCAGUUGUGGAUUAAUUGAUCAAUCACCAUUACUAGAUUUGAAUAAUUUGGAAGAAUCUGAUGUCAGUGCCAUAACUGUUGGGGUGAUUGGUAAAGGUGAAAAAUUGGCAUUGUUGUUGUUGGAAGAUAAGAUGCCAUUGGAUAGUUUAGAAAAAGUGUUGAGUAUUGGAAUUGCUGGGAGUCAUAGGAUAAAAGAUUUGAUGGACAUGGAAGUAAGGAAACAUGGCAAUGCAAGAGCAUCCAAAUUGGUAAAGUAA